AGGAAGAUAUGAAAGACUGGGCUGACUCUCUUUGCUUCCCUCUUCUUAACCUGGGUAGAGUCCAGUAAUAUCAGAAGGUUGAGAGGACAAGGUGGGAGAGAAGGGACAGAGCAGACUUCCAGUGCCGGGAUAUAAAGCCUGUGCAUGCACAGAGAGUCACCAUGCAGAGAUCUCCGCUGGAGAAAGCCAACAUCUUUUCCAAGAUCUUCUUCAGUUGGACCAAGCCUAUUCUGAAGAAGGGAUAUAGACAACGGUUGGAGUUGUCAGACAUUUAUCAAAUUCCUACUGAGGAUUCUGCAGAUAACCUGUCAGAAAGACUUGAAAGAGAAUGGGACAGGGAGCUGGCAACAUCAAAGGCAAACCCCAAAUUAAUCAAUGCACUGAAACGAUGCUUCUUCUGGAAAUUUCUUUUUUAUGGUAUCCUAUUAUAUCUCGGGGAAGUCACAAAAGCUGUUCAACCACUUCUGCUUGGAAGAAUCAUAGCAUCUUAUGAUCAAAGCAAUACUCUAGAGAGGUCCAUUGCUUACUACUUGGCAAUUGGUCUGUCUCUACUCUUUGCAAUCAGAAUGCUGCUUGUACAUCCUGCCAUAUUUGGUCUACAUCAUAUAGGAAUGCAAAUGAGGAUAGCAAUGUUCAGUUUAAUUUACAAAAAGACCUUAAAAUUAUCAAGUAAAGUUCUGGAUAAAAUAAGCACUGGGCAACUUGUAAGUCUUCUCUCAAACAACCUGAAUAAAUUCGACGAGGGCCUGGCCCUGGCUCAUUAUGUAUGGAUUGCUCCACUGCAAGUGGCUCUUUUGAUUGGUCUGAUCUGGGACUUGCUGCAGGCCUCUGCUCUCUGUGGUCUAGGUUUCCUUAUUAUUCUUGCACUAUUUCAAGCGUGGUUGGGAAGACGGAUGAUGAAUUAUAGAGACAGGAGAGCAGGAAAGAUCAAUGAGAGGCUUGUGAUUACAUCUGAAAUCAUUGACAACAUACAGUCAGUAAAAGCCUACUGCUGGGAGGAUGCCAUGGAGAAAAUAAUUGAAACUAUCAGAGAGACUGAAUUGAAGCUCACCCGAAAAGCUGCCUACGUGAGAUAUUUCAACAGCUCUGCCUUCUUCUUCUCUGGAUUCUUUGUCGUAUUUCUUUCUAUACUCCCCCAUUUACUUACACACGGUAUUAUCCUCCGGAAAAUCUUCACCACCAUUUCAUUCACCAUUGUGCUGAGAAUGACUGUUACACGCCAGUUUCCCUGGGCUGUGCAGACCUGGUACGACUCUAUGGGAGUAAUCAAUAAAAUACAGGAUUUCUUACAAAAAGAAGAAUUUAAGUCUUUGGAGUACAACCUGACAACCACAGAAGUGGUCAUGGAGAAUGUCACAGCUUCCUGGGACGAGGGGAUUGGAGAAGCUUUUGGAAAAGCCAUGCUUGAAAAUGGUGGCAGCCCUUCAAAGGAGGACCCUAACCUGUUCUUCAGUAACCUCUCACUGCAUUUUACCCCGGUGCUUUCCAACAUCAAUUUUAAUCUUGAUAAGGGAGAGCUUCUGACAGUUGCGGGGUCUACAGGAUCAGGAAAGACUUCGCUUUUAAUGAUGAUCAUGGGGGAAUUAGAACCAUCUUCUGGGAAAAUAAAGCACAGUGGAAGGAUCUCAUUUUCUCCCCAAGUCUCCUGGAUUAUGCCUGGGACCAUCAAGGAGAACAUAGUGUUUGGAGUUUCAUAUGACCAGUACAGAUACCUGAGUGUCAUUAAAGCCUGUCAGCUUGAAGAGGACAUUUCAAAGUUUCCAGAAAAAGAUAAUACUGUUCUAGGGGAAGGAGGAAUAACACUGAGCGGAGGCCAGCGGGCAAGAAUCUCCCUAGCAAGAGCGGUGUAUAAGGACGCUGACCUCUACCUACUGGACUCUCCAUUUAGUUACCUCGACUUGUUUACAGAAAAGGAAAUAUUUGAAAGCUGCAUUUGUAAGUUAAUGGCCAAUAAGACCAGAAUUCUAGUUACCUCGAAGCUGGAGCAGCUUAAAAAAGCGGACAAAAUACUAUUAUUGCAUGAAGGCAGCUGUUAUUUCUAUGGAACAUUUGCAGAACUUCAAGAACAACGUCCUGACUUCAGCUCACAGCUGAUGGGAUUUGAUUCUUUCGAUCACUUCAGUGCAGAGAGAAGAAACUCAAUAUUAACAGAGACUUUGAGGCGAUUCUCCAUUGACAAUGACCCAGUAGCUGUCAGAAAUGAAGUCAGAAAUAAGUCAUUCAAGCAAGCUGCAGAUUUUAUUGAUAAGAGAAAGAACUCCAUUAUCAAUGCUCGGAAAUCGAGUAGAAAAUUUUCUAUCAUGCAGAAAGCUCAGCCACAAAUGGGUGGAAUUGAAGAAGAAUCUCCCACCGAACCAGGAGAAAGAAAACUGUCCUUAGUUCCGGAUUCAGAACAAGGGGAAGCUAUCCUCCCAAGGAGUAACAUUCUCAACACAGGCCUAACUUUUCAAGGUCGAAGAAGGCAAUCGGUAUUGAAUUUAAUGACGGGUACAUCGGUUAACCAAAGUCAAAGCGCAUUCAGAAGAGGAAGUGCAGCAAUUAGAAAACUUUCAGUUGCUCCACAAUCCAAAUUGUCACCAGAGUUAGAUAUUUACGGCAGACGUUCUUCACAAGACAGUGUCAUGGAAAUAAGUGAAGAAAUUAAUGAAGAAGAUUUGAAGGAAUGUUUCUUGGAUGAUACAGACAGUGCAACACCGACUACAACAUGGAACACUUAUUUCAGAUAUGUGACUGCUCACAAGAGUUUAAUCUUUAUCCUUUUACUUGUCUUACUCAUUUUCUUAGCAGAGGUAGCGGCUUCGUUAGCUGGUCUGUUACUUAUUAGUGAAAAUAAUCCUGAAAAUAAUCGGACAACUAAUGGGAAUCAGUCCUCCAAAGCAGCAAUAAUUGUGACAACAACUAGUUCUUACUAUGUAUUUUAUAUUUAUGUUGGCGUGGCUGACUCCCUGCUGGCAAUGGGGAUCUUCCGUGGUUUACCUCUUGUGCAUGGUCUUAUAUCUGUUUCGAAGGUGUUACACCAGAAAAUGCUACAUGCAGUUCUUCAUGCUCCGAUGUCCGCUUUUAAUUCUAUGAGAGCUGGGCGGAUCCUUAACAGAUUUUCAAAGGACACAGCUAUAUUAGAUGAUCUACUUCCUCUGACAAUAUUUGACUUUAUACAGUUGAUCCUCAUUGUGAUUGGGUCAAUAACAGUGGUUUCCAUAUUGGAGCCUUACAUAUUCUUGGCCACAGUGCCUGUGAUCAUUGCUUUCAUCUUACUGAGGUCCUACUUUCUGCACACCUCCCAGCAACUAAAACAGUUAGAAUCUGAAGCCCGCAGCCCGAUUUUUACUCACCUGAUAACCAGUUUAAGGGGUUUGUGGACACUAAGAGCCUUUGGAAGGCAGCCAUACUUUGAAACCCUUUUUCACAAGGCACUAAAUGUGCAUACUGCAAAUUGGUUCCUCUACUUGUCCACGCUGAGAUGGUUCCAAAUGACUAUCGAAAUGAUCUUUGUCAUCUUCUUCUGUGCUGUCGCAUUUAUCUCUAUUGCAACAUCAGGUGCCGGUAAAGAAAAAGUUGGAAUAGUGCUGACACUAGCCAUGAAUAUCAUGAAUACUUUGCAGUGGGCUGUAAACUCGAGUAUUGAUGUCGAUAGUUUGAUGCGCUCUGUUAGCAGAAUUUUUAACUUUAUUGAUAUUCCAAGAGAAGACAUGAGCCAGGAUAAUAGCAAGAAGGAUAAACUGUCAGAAGUGCUUAUAAUUGAGAAUGAUUAUACAAAAAAAGACCCAGGCUGGCCGUCUGGUGGUCAGAUGACUGUAAAAGACCUUUCUGCAAAGUAUGUGGAUGGAGGUCACGCUGUUUUGGAAAAUAUUUCAUUCUUGAUCAGUCCUGGUCAGAGGGUUGGCUUAUUAGGAAGAACUGGCUCAGGGAAAAGCACCCUGUUGUCUGCUUUUUUGAGAUUAUUAUCAACCCAAGGUGAUAUUAUAAUUGAUGGGGUAUCGUGGCAGUCAUUACCCCUGCAGAAGUGGAGGAAAGCUUUUGGAGUUGUUCCACAGAAAGUAUUCAUAUUUUCUGGAACGAUUAGAAAAAAUCUGGACCCCUAUGGGAAAUACAGUGAUGAAGAGAUCUGGAAAGUUGCUGAAGAGGUUGGAUUGAAGUCCAUAAUUGAGCAGUUUCCAGGUCAGCUGGAUUUCGUCCUCCUGGAUGGCGGAUGUGUACUAAGCCAUGGCCACAAACAGCUGGUGUGCCUGGCCAGAUCAGUUCUUAGCAAAGCAAAAAUUCUCCUGCUGGAUGAACCUAGUGCUCAUCUGGAUCCCAUAACUUUUCAGAUUAUUAGGAAAACUCUAAAGCAUGCAUUUGCUAAUUGUACCGUCAUCCUGUCUGAGCACAGGCUGGAGGCCCUGCUGGAGUGUCAGUACUUCCUGGUAAUAGAAGAGAAUACAGUGCGGCAGUACGAUUCUAUACAGAAAUUGAUGAACGAAAAGAGUUUCUUCAAGCAGGCCAUGAGUCAUUCUGACCGCUUAAAACUAUUUCCACUACACCGCAGAAACUCCAGUAAGAGGAAAUCAAGACCCAAGAUCACUGCCUUGCAGGAAGAAACAGAAGAAGAAGUACAAGAGACCAGGCUCUGAUCAAGUACAAAACAUCAUCUAGAAACUAGAAAUGAUUUGCCCCUUCUCCCUGGUAAUGAAGAAGUCAGUCAGGAAAAGCAAUGUAACAUUGGGCAUAAUAGUCCAUUACAGCAUUUGAAAUGACUCAGUUGUGGUGCGGUGUCUCAUAUUAUACUACCAUACAUAAUACAGUGCCUGCAAUCUGUAAUAUUCAAAUCUCACCUUAUGAUAACAGAACCCAAUAUUUGUGUAGGUACUUUACUGUAUAUAUGGCAUGUUUCUGUCUCUCUCUGUAACUGUGUGAUGUUAAAGCCAAUUUACACUUUUCUGUAGAAACGUGCAUAUAAUGUGAUGAGUAGAGGAGGUAUUGUAUGUUCACCCUGGCACGUGCCAGCAAGGUACUGUACAUGCCAGUUACCUACAGUACAAAUAGCAAUUCACAUCUCUUCAAGUUUACCCAUCUGUAGAUAGAUUUAUCAGUUUUUUUUCUAUAGGAUUAUGAAAAUGUUACUUUUUGUGUCCUACAUUACAGUUUAGAACCAUGAGUCUUGCACAUUUAGAGAAUCAAGAUCUUAAAUAGAUAUAGAUGACUUAUCGAUUGACUUUUCAGAUAAUCUGCCAAUAACUGAUAAAUCUAUGUAAUAAGGACAGAUUAACACUUCUAUCACAACAUUUGUGUAACCUGCACAUCCAUUCCAAAAGACUGUAUUAUCAAUGGGUUAAUAAAUCUGGCCAAUGAGGGUGCACAUCUGCCACCAUGACUGCUGGACACAGAAUGAGAAUUCUCUGCAUCUGUUUUCCUGGGCAGAAUAAUCUGGACCAUAUGUGAUGCUGUAGGACUUGAGCUCACAAGCAGUUCUACUGUGCAUUUCUAAUUGUUCUGCAUUUAUUUUUCCUAAGAUCUGAAUGCAAAGGAACCUCAAAUAAAAUGUUGAAAAUAGGUGAAAAAUGCAAAGAAAACAACUCAGCUGUGUACUGUAAACUAAUUUAUUUAGUUGGAAAUUUGCAAAUCUUGCGAGCAAGUGUCCCUACUUGCAUGGUUGUCCAAUUUGUGGGACUUCUCUCCAGGGGAUCAUGGAGGGGAGGAACAAGGGGCUACAGCUUUAAAAAUGAACUGCAUGAUCACGGCACCGCCCCUGCAAAAUGUAUCUUUGAUCUUUUUUUGGAGGGGAAAAAAGCUGUGUCGCCAUCCUUAAAGCAUGGAGUGCUCGUGGAAUUGUGCUCCUUUCAGCAUCAUGGUUUUCACUGUUACAACUCAUGAAUGACCCUAACAUUGUAGAUCUUCUUUUUAUUUUCCCACUUGACUACUCUCCUAGAAUGUCUAUAAGUAUUCCUGGACUAGCCCAGGAUGCUGCCUAAUUGCCUAGUUUAGGGCAUGGGGGUUUCAUUCAAAAUUUGCUUUGAAUUUCAUCAACAUAUCCCCAGCAAAAUGACACCAAUGACCACAUAGCGCAGUGGAGGUUAGGGUCAUAAUGACAUGAAUCAUGUGAUUUGUUUUCUGUGCAUCAAAAAAAAGAAAGCACAAAAGUUAAAUGGUCCACUUAUUAAUGUUUCUCAGUAAAAUACAGCAUGUAGUGGGUGCAAAGGGAGAGUGCGUUAUACCCUUGGCAAUACUGAAACCCCAUUACUGCUACUUCCUGUUUACAGAAAGAAAGACAGUAUAUUAAGAAAAAGGUUAUUUUUAUUGCUUGCACUAACUUAUUGCCUUUGGUAAUAUUUUUACUGCCAUCCUUACAAGGUUUAUUUUUUGUUCUAUAGCAAUUCUUUUUUUUAGUGUCAGAGAUUUUUUAUGUUUUUUUUGCCGGACUGUUCAAGAAACUACAUACAGAGACAUGAAGGCAUUAGCAGUAGCUAUGAAUUUUUAGAUAUUUAAUUUAGUUACCUAGAUACAAUUAUUAUUUACACUCCAAUUUCCAUAGUUAUAUAUGGUACUUUAUUUUCAUAAUGACAGUAGAUGACAGUAUUUAUUAACAAUGCUAAUGCCUUAGAAUACCUUUAGAACCCUCAGCAUCCUGUAGCGUUAAAAAUGUAAACAUUUCCUAUUAUAGAAAGGUAGAUUUGUAUAUAUGAUUUUAAAUGAAGGUUUGGAAUAAAGGUGACAGAAGGUUUUAUGUUUCAUGUUCAGGAAUAUAUGCAAAGCAAUAGUUUAUAUUUAUUAGAAUGCCCAGUUAUGUCUUGAAUUGCUUAAUUGUACAUCAUAGAAUAAGGUUAUACUGUAGUAUCACUGCCAUAAUUCUCUUCCUUUACUGGGUAUUGGGUACUUAUGGUAAACCCCAUUAGAAACUUUUACUAGCAGGAACAAGUUAGGGUAGUGUGUAUGUCAUCCCUUGUAAAAGAGAAGAAAUGCACAUAGCUAUAUGAUGGUGUAGCAAACACAAAAAAUACAUACAUGAGCGAUUAAAGAGCAACAGUUACCUACAUAAAGUAGAAGAUCCAUUUGUGGAUUGAGCUAAUAUUCCUAAAAAUUCAGCCUACCAGUUUCUUAGGAACUGGUCAUGUCCCCAAGGCACUACUUAACUAUAGAUGGGAAGAUCGGAGACUGGGAUUAACAUCAAAAUAAUUAACAGCACUGGGAGGAAGAUUUGGGUUAUCAGGAUACUACCUAAUACCUAUUAUAAUAGGCACCACUAAUUCCCUUCAUGCGAAUACCGGCCUCUGAUAAACCAUAGUAAUACAUUGUUAAAAUUCUUCUGGAGGGAAUUGAAUAAAAAAAAAUAUAUAUACAUUGAAUACUUUUUGAUUGAUUCUAUAAAUUAUAUUAAAAUUAGAUUAGCACACAAAGCAUCUGCCAUAAUUGUGUGUCGGCAACAAGUUCAGGUAAUAAUAAGAAUUUACUUACCGAUAAUUCUAUUUCUCGAGUCCGUAGUGGAUGCUGGGGUUCCUGAAAGGAC